AUGUCGGUGCGCACGGAUCACCGCGACCGUGAUCGCUUCUCUCGACACUCUUCCCGCGCCUCCGUAGACCUCGCCUUCCCUAGUGGGUCAGCUCGCGAGCACUCCUUCAGAUCAGUACACUCCGGUCGUGUGCCACGUGUAGCCAGCGAUGACCUGAUAGUUCCCGUGCGCACGCUUCGUUCGGCCUCAUGCCGCGCGGCGCCGGGCGCUCCUCAUCGUCUCCGGCGCCAUCAUUCCUCAGCCGCUGAAUGUGAGAGGGCGCGUCGUUCGAGACGGCACACGUUGGAGUUGCCGAACAGCCGGGGUCCGAGCGUGAGGAGCCGGUCCCCGGAGCCGCCGCCGCCGGUCGCGCCCGAGCCCGAGCUGCCAGCUGAGGACGCGGGCAAGGAGGCUCGCAGACGGCGCGUGGUGGCCGCCGUCGCAGCGUCCUUCUUCGCCCUAGCGCUGGCCUCCGUGCUAGUGGUGGUGGUGACGUUGACGCACAGCUCCGUUCUCCGCGCCCACAACCAAACGGCCAAGUACUACACGUUCUCCGUGCCGCCGCACCAUCCUCUCAGUGAGCCCCGUUCAUGCCCCACCGUCGCCCCUCCCGCUUCGCAUGAGACUGUCUCCGACCCCGUGUCCCUGGGGCUGCGAACGUCAUCAUUUGUGGUACAUAUCAAUACUGACUCAGACCGAUGUAAAUUAUAUCAAACUCUUCGACGAAUGUCCUACGACCUUAUCUUCUUUGGUACUAUGACUUCACUUGUUCCAUCUAUUUCUUCUCUUCCAGUUAUUCGUUGA